AUGUCAAACGCGUCGUCGUCUCUCUCUCGACAGCACCGCGCCGCCUUUGUGCGCGCCAACGGACACAAUCCGAAGACGAAAAGGAAGAGGAGGCAUCACCGAAAGACGACGACGCGAGAGAGAUACGACGGGAGAAAAGAUACGGGGAAAGAGGAGGAGGAGACAGGUGUGAUGAGAAACGAUGACGAUGAUGACGUUUCGAACGCGCAGAGGAGGAUUUCGCGCUUUGAAACGAGCGUUGGUGGGAGUAGUGGCGGCGCGCUGUAUUGUUUCGGGUUCCCAGAGUUUGCGAGCGCCAGAGAAGAAGCCAGAGGAGGAGAAGAGAAAAUAGAAUCGAUUGGUCCGUCCUUGAUAUCGGACGUCUCGGAAGUGGACGCGUUUCGAUUGGCGUCGGAGAAUCCGGAAUUGACGGCGGUGAUCGCGUUAGCGUCUUUGAUAAUCAUACCGAAGGCGAUCGAGCAAAUAGGAAAGAAGAUAGUCUUACCGCUUGGCGCGAUUUUGAUUGCAUACGGCGUCGUAUCGCAUCCGGAGAGCGCGGGGACCUUCGUCACCGGCGCUUUGGGAUGGGCGUACGAACACCCUUCGGCGAUUGCAUUCGUCGCGGUCGGGUUGUUAGCGUUACAGUUGAGUCCGUACAUAAUCAUUGCGUUGUUACUGGCGUUAAUUUUUAACAUCAGUAACAUCGUUCCGGACGAAAUCAACCCUCUUUUACCGAAAGACGUGAAGGAGAACAUUAGAGAGGUGAAAAAAGACGCGCAAAUAGCCCGGGAAGCGCUCGCUCCCGUCGAGCGUUCUAUCGGCGAACUCAAGACGUUCAAAAACGAAGUCCAAAUGCAAAAAGAGCGCGCGCGCAAGAAUCGUCUGGAAAGAGAAGAGAGAGAAAAGCGAGAGGAGAAAGAAGCUCGGGAGAAACCGAUCAAAAUCGCAGCGUUGAAGCAAAAAGCCGCCGAGGAAGCGAAAGCGAAAGCGAAGAAAGCGAAACCAAGAUUUCAAAGCGACGAGAACGCUAUUCGUAACUCUUCUUCUGAUUCUUCUUCGCGCGAUGAUUUGGGAGACAUCACGCGGUGCAUGUCUUUGCCGACGCCCGAUGCGAGGGUAAAAUGCGUCGACGGGAACCAAGCGAAAUAUUAUUAA